CAACCCUAGCUCCAUCCCCUUGUGCCGUGGCUCCUCCCCCUGACGUAAAGGUUCCUUACGCCACUUGAAUCUAGCAUCUACCGUGGACUUUCUAUCUCUGACUCAACUCUCUGACACCCGGAAGUUACUGUCGACGAGAAACCCCACUAGAUAUUCGGAGGGCGGAGAUCAAGUGGAACGCAAAUAGACCGGAAGUCAGGUGGAACGCACACAGACCGGAAGCCGGACGUGUAACAGAGAGUGUGAGGUCCCGAGAAGGCAGCAGCCGUGUGAAAACAUGACUGAUAGUAAGACAGAAGAUAUAGAAGAGGAGACGCAUGUGAGGGGAGAUCAGCAGUGUAAGGAGGAGGAAGAGGAGACGCAUGUGAGGAGAGAUCAGCAGUGUAAGGUGGAUGAAGAGGAGACGCAUGUGAGGAGAGAUCAGCAGUGUAAGGAGGAGGAAGAGGAGACGCAUGUGAGGAGAGAUCGGCAGCGUAAGGAGGAGGAAGAGGAGACGCAUGUGAAGGGUGAUCAGCUGUGUAAGGAGGAAAUUCCUACAGAUAUAAGCACAGAUGGGGCCAGUAACAGGAAUCACCCAGAGAGAUGUCACCAUCCACACCAGGAUGAUACAGAGGAGAGUCACAGUGUCCCACAGGAGGGUCAGGAUAAAUGUCUGACAAAUAUUAAGGUAGAAGACAUGAAAGAGGAAGAGGAGACGUAUGUGAAGGGUGAUCAGCUGUGUAAGGAGGAGGAAAUCCCUACAGAUAUCAGCACAGUAGAUGGAUGCAAAGACAUGCCUAGCUCAGAGGGACAUCUCCUUCUGUCUGCAGAUUGUAGAAUAGAAGACUGUAACAACACACAAGAUUCUUCUGGAGAAAACACCCUGAAUAUACAUCCAGUACUGCACAGUGCAGAUAUAGCAGCUGAAUGUUCCCCUGAUAUCUCCGAUACAGUAAUACAUUGUACAGAUAGUACAGGUGAUACAGGCUUUCACUGUUCUGAUUGCAGUAAAAGUUUUAUACACAAGUCAUCCUUUGUUAGACAUGUGAGAACGCACACAGGUGAGAAACCAUUUCAGUGUCCUGUGUGUGGAAAAUGUUUUAUUUGGAAAUCAGCUCUUGACAUACAUCAGACAACUCACACAGGUGAGAAGCCAUUUCCAUGUUCUGAGUGUGGGAAAUGUUUUUCACGUAUAUCAAAUCUUGUUCAACAUAGAAGAACUCACACGGGUGAGAAACCAUUUUCGUGUUCUGUGUGCGGGAAAUGUUUUACACAGAAAUAUGCUCUUGUCGCACAUCAAAGAUCUCACACAGGCAAGAAACCAUUUCCGUGCUCCGAGUGCGGUAGAUGUUUUAGAGAUAAAUCCGUUCUAGCUAGACAUCAGAGAACUCACACAGGCGUGAAGCCAUUUUCAUGCUCCGAGUGUGGGAAAGGUUUUACACAGAAUUCGUCCCUUCUUUCACAUCAGAGAACGCACACUGGGGAGAAAUUAUUUACAUGCACAGAGUGUGGAAAAUGUUUUCCCAAGAAAUCAACUCUUGUCACACACAAAAGAUAUCACACGGGUGAGAAACCGUUUUCAUGCUCUGAAUGCGGGAAAUGUUUUACUGAGAAACGCGUUCUUAUUGAACAUCAAAGACUUCACACAGGUGAGAAACCGUUUUCAUGCUCUGAGUGUAAGAAAUGUUUUACACAGAAGUCGUGCUUUUAUAAACACAUGAGGCUUCAUGCAGGUGAGAAACCAUUUCCAUGUUUUGAGUGUGGUAAACGGUUUACAUAUAAAUCACGUCUUCUUACUCAUCAGCAACAUCACACUGGUGAGAAACUAUAACCGUGCAGUGACAGUAUGGAACGGUUUCGGGCAGUACGGAUGGUGUAAUGGCUAGCAUUACUGCCUCACAGCAUUGAGGUCAUGGGUUAGAUUCCCACCAUAGCCAUAACUGUGGAGUUUAUAUAUUCUCCCCGUACUUGCGUGGGUUUCCUUCCACAAUCCAAAAAUAUACUGGUAGGUUAAUUGGCUUCUGACAAAAAUUAACCCUAGUGCGGGAGUGUGUGCGUGCAAAUGUGCUAAGGAAUAUAGGGCCUAAUUCAGACCUGAUUGUAGCAGCAAAUUUGUUAGCAGAUGGGCAAAUCCAUGGGCCUAAUUCAAACCUGAUCGUACGAUCAGUCACGCUGACAUGCGGGCUAGUCCGCAUGUCCGGCCCAGCCCCGUCGCACCAGUACAAAAGCAUCACACAGCCAUGAUGCUUUUGUACUGGAAGAGUAGCUCCCAGCCAGCGCAGCUCCUGAGCGAUGGCAGGGAGCUACUGGUCGCUGCUCGGGUUGGAUGGUUGCGUGUGACGUCAUGCGGCCCACCACCGGCACGGUCCUGGCACGCCUGGGUUGCCCAAACCACGCACCCUAAACGGCGUCAAGACACCGCCGGCCCACCCCCUCCCGUCCAGUGACAGGCAGAGGCGAUCGUAAGCCUAAAACAGCCGACGGCUGUCCGCCAUGCGACCGGCGCAUGCGCAGUUCAGAUCUGAUCAGCUGCUGUGCGAAAUCGCACAGAACCGAUCAGGACUGAUUUAGGCCCCAUGUGCAGUGCAGGGGAGGCAGAUAUAACAUGUGCAGAGAGAGUUAGAUUUGGGUGGGUGUGUUCAAACUGAAAUCUAAAUUGCAGUGCAAAAAUAAAGCAGGCAGUAUUUAACUUGCACAGAAACUAAAUAACCCACCCAAAUCUAACUCUCUCUGCAUAUUUUAGAUCUGCCUCCCCUGCACUGCACAUGGGUGGUCAUUCCGAGUUGUUCGCUAGCUGUUUUCGGUCGCUGCGCAGCAGUCAGGCAAAAAAGCGGCGCAAUGCGCACGAUCGAUGAACUUUCACAACGACCAAUGCAGUUUCAUACAAGAUCUAGAGAUGCAUUUCAGUCGCACUGGCUGCCGCAGAGUGAUUGACAUGAAGUGGGCGUUUCUGGGUGUAAACUGACCGUUUUCAGGGAGUGUGUUGAAAAACGCAGGCGUGUCAGAUACAAACGCAGGCGUGGCUGGCCGAACGUAGGGCGUGUUUGUGACGUCAAAAGGGGAACUGAAUAGUAUGAAGUGAUUGCAAGCGCUGAGUAGGCCUGGAGCUGCUCUGAAACUGCACAUUUUUUUUUUUUUUAUAGCCGCUAUUCGAUCCUUACGUUUACACUCCCAGAGGGCGGCGGCUUGGCGUUUGCAUGACUGCUACAAACUGCUAGCGAGCGAACAACUCUGAAU